CCAUUCGGUCACUCGGUUGUUUGGAGGUCGAUGUCAGUGGCCUUUCCGGGCGAAUACCGAGCAGAUCAGGCUGUUGAGAGGUAUGACGACCAGUCGUUGGCAUCUGCUGGAUAGUUGCAAAAGCGACCCAGUGUUGGUUCAGAAAUUGUGGUACUUGGUACCAACAAGCAGAUCACGCAGACGAACGCUCAUAAUGUUGGGUCGUCUUGAGCGUGGCCCGGUGUGUGUAGCUGUCGUAUUGCAUGCUCGGAAGUAUGAAUGAAGAGAGAGCGGAAGGAAGUGUUUCCUGUUUCGUUGUUUCUGCCCCAGUCCCUGCCAGGACCCCGAACUUGUACUUAUAUGUUGAUCUGUGUAUCUCUACAAACGCCUGCUCAUCAAACAGAUUGUCACUGCUGAUGACAUUGACAUAGAAAGACAGAACUCAGCUGCACGUCCGAUCCUGGCCGAUGUAGGUGUUGGUCGUACUAUACCGCAUCGGUCUGCAUGUGCACCGAUAGUCACGAGUGACUGUGAAUCUUCAGUUCGUUCAUCUUCUGGCUUCAACCUCCAUGAACCCAGAUAUUGAUCUGGUGCAGGAAUCGUGGUCGCCCAUGAACAAGCACCAAGCACGGCUCAAAAGUACUCUUUCGCCUCAGCACCUCACGAUGUCCGAAAUGUUUGCAAGGACAGGUCUAGAUCGUCGAUGCUUGUCGCCCUCAUCAAAGACAAGAGACUGUUAAUUGGCCGAAUGUGGAGCCAUAACUGGCUGCAGCACCUUUUCCAACCUUUGUGGGAG